UUUAUUUAGCUUCCCCUGUGAUUUGCAGGUGGGAAGCAGAAUGUCAAGAAUCCGAUGUAUGAUUCGAGGUUUAGAACUAAAGACAUUCAUAAUUGGAUUCGUUAUAAUUCCGGCAAUCGUGACCGGAAUAUACCUUCACGGCCAGAAAGUCACCUACUUUCUCCGCCCCUUAUGGCAGUCACCACCCAAACCCUUCAUUCACAUGCCUCAUUACUACAAUACAAAUGUAACAAUGGCUUCUUUAUGCAACCUUCAUGGAUGGAAGCUUCGAGACUACCCGCGAAGAGUCUACGACGCCGUUCUAUUCAGCAACGAAGUCGACAUGCUUACGAUCCGGUGGAAAGAACUUUACCCUUACAUUACUCAGUUUGUGCUUCUUGAAUCCAACUCCACAUUCACAAGCAUACCGAAAAAAUUAAACUUUGCGAUCAAUCGCGAAAAGUUCGAGUUUAUCAAGUCGAGAUUGACUUAUGGGACCAUUGGUGGCCGGUUUAAGAGCGGGGAAAACCCUUUUAUCGAAGAAGCGUAUCAACGGGUAGCUCUUGAUCAUCUUUUAAGGAUUGCGGGGAUCGAAGACGACGAUCUUUUGAUCAUGUCGGAUGUCGAUGAGAUACCGAGUGCGCAUACUAUUGAUCUUUUGAGAUGGUGUGAUGGUCCACCACCUAUUGUUCAUUUGAAUUUGAACAAUUAUUUAUACUCUUUUGAGUUUAAUUUAGAUCAUAAAAGUUGGAGGGCUUCUGUUCAUCAGUACCAAAAGGGGACAACCCGAUACGUGCAUUAUCGACAGAGCGAUUAUCUGUUGGCGGAUUCGGGUUGGCAUUGCAGUUUUUGUUUUAGAACAAUUAGUGAUUUUGUGUUCAAGAUGAAAGCUUACAGUCAUACAGAUAGAGUGAGGUUUUCUCAUUAUCUUGACCCGAAAAGGAUCCAGAAAGUGAUCUGCAGUGGCGCGGACUUGUAUGAUAUGCUUCCGGAAGAGUACACUUUCCGGGAGCUAAUCGGGAAAAUGGGCCCCAUUCCUCAUUCGUAUUCCGCGGUUCAUCUCCCGUCGUAUUUGUUAAAGAAUGCUGAUAAGUACAGGUAUCUUUUGCCGGGAAACUGCAUUCGGGAAGACGGUUGAGUCUUCCGAUGUGGUGUUUUAGUCCCCUGCCGCCACAACCCGCCACGACACCACCGUGGUUCUUACCUUAAUCUAGGAUGUGAAAGU